CCCAUUUAGGGUACCAUACAACGACGUUCCUAACCUCGUCAAAGCCUUCUAGUAUAUGUGUUAAGUAUAAAGAAUGUGAAUGAUUGAGGAUUCUAAUUCAUGUAAAAAGAUUUCCUUUUAAACUCGUAUCUACAACGAAUUUGAAUAAAGCUGGCCAAUACAAUGCCAAAACUAUGGAUCCGACACUAUAUGACUUUAUAGGUGCCGAAAUAAAAACGUUUCACAGAGAAGCUCCAUGGGAACGUUUAAAAGUUCCCUAUAAACAAUUAUAUAAUUUAGCAACAUCCAAAGUACCAACAAACAGUUCGUCUUCUUUAGAAGGAAUACAUCGCGAUCACAGUAAUGCCUGGAGAUUCUGGGAUAGUUUAACGCUUACAGUAUUUAAAAUCCCUUCAGAAUGGAUGAAAGAAGAUUCUAACAAACUAUACAACCUAUGGAAGCCCUUGCAUAAAUAUGGCGACAUAUCAUAUAUGAGAUUUUUAGAGCCUUCAGAGAAUGGACCGACUACAACCGCUGUCGUUCGGUUUUUCCCUAUCCCAAGAGUACCGUUUUGGCAACCAUUUAAUGAAAUUCAGAUUGAUCGUAUGGUUUUCAAGGUUCGCGUAGAUCCUUACAUGCAAAAUCCUUUGACCAGACAAUCUUCAUUUAGUACAGUUGGUAGUCGGUACAAUAGGUUUGUUCAGCUUCCAUUGUUUUCGAUGACCAUCGGUCAAUCUUACCUUGACAAAUUGGUUCCACUUUUCGGCCAUGAGUCUGGAACGAAAUUACAUGAUAUUCUUCUUUUGGUGGACUUCAAAAAUAAAAGAUUUAUACUUACAUUCAAACGAAUUGUUGAGAAUGUGGUCGAUGAGUAUCGAUUAGAUUUUUAUUUCCGCAAUAUUGUCGACGAUAUAGGUAUUGAUACCGAGAACAGCCGCGUAAGCUUAUCGUUCAAAUACAGGUUACCGCCUGUGCUAUUUCGAAAAGAUGUUUUAGGAUCGGAAACAAAAUUGAGAAAAGUGUGGAGCUCAUCAAACCUUUGGCGUCGCCAGGUCGAUGUUGUGCCUUCCUCAAACAGUACACUCCCAUCCGAGUCUCCCGUACAGUUACUAAGUUAUGCUAAUGCUCCCCUAGGAAGAUCUAACAUGGCAGUUUUUUCAUAUGACAUAAGAAAUAAACAAUCUGAGGAAGCCAAUGCAAUUUUUUUAGGGGAAUUGGAAAAGUUCAGGCUAAAAAGCCGUAUGUGCAAAAUUAGUGUUUACUCUAUUGAUGACUACUUCGCUCGUUGCGCAUUACUAUAUAGCAAUACAAAUAUAUCUCAUAUUGUAUUGUAUUUACUGGAACAAUGUCUUUCUCAACAUGCACUUUCCGAGGUUGAUUUACCAGUCCUUCUUGAUGGGUUAUCCACUCUAAAAGAAGAACAGGCAAUUGCUUUUUUAAAAAAUGCCCUUGCUUCUGAAAAACCUUUACAUAAACCUACCCGGGAAACAUUCUCAAAAAAAUUAACAUUUUUCGAUCCUUACAGCACAUCUUCUAUGCAUAUUAAAAAGAUUGUUUUAACUCCAACAACGAUUCGAAUUAUGGAUGAUUCUAUAGAAUUAGGAAACCGUGUUUUGAGAAAACAUAUAAAGUUCGCGGAUAGAUUUAUGCGAGUUCAAAUAGCUGAUGAAUUAACGAAAAUUAAACUUCAUUCAGAUAAUUCGAACUGUGAGGCGGUCUUUGCGCGGGUUUAUCAAUUAUUGAAUAAGGGUGUGAAAAUUGGAAAUCGUGUCUAUGAGUUUCUUGCCUUCGGCAAUUCUCAACUUAGAGAACAUGGUGCCUUUUUUUUUGCUUCUACACCAGAACAGAAUGUGGAAAAAAUACGUGAAGAUAUGGGUGAUUUCAGUGAGAUCAGUUCAGUUUCAAAGUACGCAGCUAGGAUGGGACAGUGUUUUUCCACUACAAAAGUUAUAAAACAUUUUCCUGUCGAGAUUGCUCCCAGAAAUGAUAUAACUAGAAAUAAUAAUUGUUUUACUGAUGGAAUAGGUAUGGCUUCAUUUUCUGUUUUGCGUUGUCUCUCUGUUCAAAUUGAUAAUGACGAUCUCCUUCCUUCCGCCUUUCAGUUUCGUAUGGGUGGGUUUAAAGGUGUCUUAGGCUUGGCCCCACCUACUAAAUUAGAGUACCAUCAGGGAAAUUUGGUUUUUCCUCGUCCGAGUCAAGAUAAAUUUAAAUCACCUCAUGAGGACCUAGAAGUGAUUAAAAUAUCUCGCUUUUCGAACGCUCGUUUAAACAUGCAACUUAUCACUUUAUUGCAAGGCUUGGGUGUUGAAACAGAUGUUUUUCUUAAUAUGGCUAAGCAUCAAUUGUCUGAACUGAAUAGUGCCAUGACAAAUAAACAAAAGUGCAUUCUCAUGUUGAGGGAUAAUGUUGAUGAAAAUAGGUCGUCUCUUACCAUGGCUGACCUCAUACAAGCUGGGUAUUUGGAGAGAAAUGAUAUUUUUACAAGAAAUCUUCUCAAUCUUUAUUAUGAAUGGGUUCUUAAAUCCAUGAAAGAAAAGCAGAGAAUUAAUGUAUCCAAUGGAGCCUAUCUAUUAGGUGUAGCAGAUGAAACAGGAUCUCUCAAAGGUCAUUGUGAUGAUGCACUUCUUUCAAUCCCCGAAAUUUUCGUUCAAGUUACAAACAAUCAUCCAGAAGCCGAGGCAUUUUCUAAUAAGCGAACGAGGACUACUAUAAUUAAAGGUCUUUGUAUUGUAGCAAGAAACCCAUCUUUGCAUCCCGGUGACAUUCGUAUUUGUCGCGCUGUUAAUUGUAGUAACUUAGGACAUCUGAAAAACGUGGUUGUUUUUCCGACAACAGGUGAUAGAAGUGUUCCUGGUAUGUGUUCUGGUGGUGAUUUAGAUGGAGACGAAUACACCGUGAUUUGGGAACCUAGUCUUAUACCUAAAAGAGUAAAUUAUCCUCCACUUCUGGAAGCAACGCCUAAACGGGCUGCUAAAUUUUUGAAAACAAAACCUACUAUUGACUCGGUGAAGGAAUUUUUUAUUUAUUAUAUGAAGAAUGAUAACCUUGGCGUAAUUUCUAACGCUUGGAAAGCAUGGGCACACGAUUUGCACAAUAAUCCUGACGGAAUAUAUGGCAACGUCUGUUUGCAAUUAGCAGCCUUGCACUCGCAAGCUGUUGAUUUUCCUAAAUCUGGCGUUGCUUGCAGUAUGCCCAGGGAACUUAGACCUAAGCAAUACCCAGAUUUUAUGCAAAAGCAGCAAUCGAGAACGUUUAAGUCUGAAACAGCCGUAGGAAGGAUUUAUCAAUAUACAGUUAAGUUUCAUAAAAAAAAUGAAGCUAAUUGGAAGUUUGAUCCAAAUGUGGAAAUGGUUUACGACGAUCGAAUGAAGCUACCGAAAUACAAAUCAGAUUAUAGACAAAUUGCGACAGAAGUCAAAGGUCGCUAUGAUUUUGACAUGAGGGCAUUAAUGAAUCGUUACGAUAUAGGCUCCGAGCAUGAAGUUUACACGGCUUUCAUAUUAUUUAAUGAUGAAAUGAAAACAUCCGUUAAUGAAUUUGCAGUUCGCGAAGAAAUUAUGUUACUAUAUGACAAUAUAAAGAAAUGCUAUAAGAAAGAAUACUUUGAAAAGUGUGGGCUUCCUGAUAAUUCAAAUGACCAAGACAUAAGGGAUCGAAUUGACAGUGCCGUGGCAGCUGCGUACGAUGUAACGUACGAUCAGAGAUCACAUUCUAUUCAAUGUGGAAAAGAAUUUCCGUUGAUCUCGUUUCCUUACAUUUUUGUCAAUGUACUAUGCCGCAUCGCUCAUUUGGCCGCUGUAAGCAAUUAGGUAAUUUUCGUAUCAAAGUUAGCAUACACCUCAGUUACAUCGUGAGUACAAUUGUAAUUAAUUAAUUAGUUUUCGUUGUAAAUUAUUAUUAAUUCUAUAUUAUCCA